CUGUACAUGCGGAAGUACGUGACAAGCUAGCGCGCCAAUUUAGUUUAGCAAACAAAGGGGAGGCUAGUAACAGAAACACAGCUUCAAAAACUCGUCUAAACGUACUCAGUCAAAGCAAAGAGUUGUCAGGAUGGGUUUGCUCGACCGCUGCAAGGAGCUCUUCAAGACGUCAAACCUGUACGAGGUGCUGGGCAUCAACAAGGAGGCAACAGAGGCAGAGAUCCGGAGGAGCUACUACAAAGUGUCCCUCAAAGUGCAUCCAGACCGGGCUCCUGAAGACCCGCUCGCCACGGAGAAAUUUCAGGUGUUAGGAAAGCUGUAUGCGGUGCUGAGUGAUAAAGAGCAGAGGGUUGUUUAUGAUGAGCAGGGAGUGGUGGAUGAAGAGUCUGACGUCCUGAGUGAAGACCGCUGCUGGGAAGACUACUGGAGGCUGCUUUUCCCUAAGAUAACUGUGCAGGACAUCCUUGAAUUUGAGAAGAAAUACAAGGGCUCUGACGAGGAGCGGCAGGAUUUAAUCCAGCUAUAUGUGCAGCAUGAGGGAGAUAUGGACGCCAUCACGGCCUCGGCCCUGUGCUGCUCCCAGGAAGACGAACCCAGACUCUGCAGCAUCAUCCAGGCUGCCAUCAAGAGCGGAGAAGUCAAAGAAUUCCCUGCUUUCACUCAGGAGACUGACAAAAAGAAGAGGGCUCGCAGGAAGAGGGCUGACAGAGAACGACAAGAAGCAGAAGAAAUGCAGAAAGAGAUGGGGCUCGGUGAUGAGGAUGACAGUCUUGUGAUGAUGCUUCAGCAAAGACAGAAGUCCAGAGAGCAGAACUUUAACAGUUUCCUGUCUGACCUGGAGGCGAAAUACUCCAAACCAAGUGGAAAAUCCCAAAAAUCAAAAAGAGGAAAAAAGUGAAAAGUGUGCAUGCUCUGGUUAUAGCAGAUAAAACGUGUAAAUGAAUCAAAACACCUUUUCAAGUUGAGUAAGAGCAUUGGAGUACACGUAUGAGCUGCUGUCUAACUGCUCUGUUCUGUAUGCUCAUAAAAUGUUCCUUUUAUGUGGCUUCAGUGUAUGAAUAUGUAGUAGCUUUUUGUGUGACGCUCAUCAAAAUGUAAAUGCAUCUUUUAUUUCUGUCUUUUAUGUUGUUAAAGUCUUCAGAGAACACAAAUAAAUUCAUAUUUAUAUAUGUAA